AUGGAGGGUGAAGAAACUGAGAAGACCGUUAAGGAGGAAGCUGGUGGUAGAAUUGAGAUAGAGGUCGGGGAGGAAGCUGGUAUGGAGGUUGGCAAAGAAGCUGGUGGUGGAAUCGAGACAGAGGUCGAGGAGGAAGCUGAUGUAAAGGUCGACGGAUGA